AUGACUCGACACCGAGACGCACAGAGGAAGCAAGCCCUUGCGUCAUGGGGCUAUAGUUUACUGGGUGUCGCUGUUUUCUGGACGGUGACAGGCUUGAUAAUGAAAGCUGCAAUUUCUACAGAUGAUGCCGGUUUUGUCACUUCCCACUACCUGAGAAGCUCGGUGGGACAAGGGCUCUUGGUGACCUGUGUCGUUGUCUCGGCGUCUCACAUCAUUCCUUAUUAUGGGGCCGUUGGAGUCUGCAUACUCGGCGGCUUCGUACUAGUCUUCUUCUCUUGGACUUCGGUGCUUUUCAACGGACAAGAACCUUUCCCGCCCGUCCUCGCUUCCUGCGCUUUCGUUGCUUUACUCUUUGCGUUCAUUGGAGCUGUCGAGUAUCUAUUUUCUCGGACAGCUUCUGAGGACGAGCCGGAUUUCUUAUAUAGGUUCAACGUGUUUCUGCGGGUUCUCUUCUCCUGCUUAUUCGGCAUCGGGCUGAUCUUGGUCGCUCAUCAACCCGAGCUGGUCAAUCUCCAUCCAAUAGACCUGCUCGUCUACGAUGCCAGAGCACAUCAUGACAACUGGGCCAAAGCAGCACACAGUAGCAACAAUUUGACACAAGCCGUUGAGCAGUAUCGUGUGAAAUACAACCAACAUCCACCACCAGGCUUUGAUAAAUGGUAUGAAUAUGCCACAAACAGGUCCUCGGUUGUGAUCGACGAAUUUGAUCAGAUUUACUCCAAUCUACUACCGUUCCGCGGCUUACCCCCGCAGCAAAUUCGCGAAAUGACUCAAAAGCUGGCCACAAACCCCUACAAUGAAGUAGGGGCAGUUUGCAUUCGCAAUGGCUCCGCUAGAGUGCAGGAGGGCAUCAAGCCGACGCAUGCGUGGAUGGUUAGCAGUGCAGCCAAGAUGAUGGAGAACUUCGCCCAGUACCUCCCAGAUAUGGACGUGGUGUUCAACUUGAACGAUGAGCCUCGAAUUGCGGUGCCAUGGGAGAAAGCGUCAGUCUUGAAAAAUCAAGCCAGAUCGCAGGCGCUUCCUCCUACCGAAAGUGUAGUAAGGGAGUGGUCUGCAGACCGUGCAGAGAAAUGGAGUCCGAUAGAACCAGCCGACCAAACAACAGAGACCAUGUUCACCGACAGCUCCUUCAAAAACAUCUUUGACCGCUACGCAAGCCUUGUUUGCCCGCCAUCCUCGAAAGCUCGCUCUCAGCGUAUCUGGGAUCGACACAGCUUAUGCUUGGGAUGUACACGUCCUCACUCGAUUGGUCAAUUUCCUUCGGACUGGAACUUUGCCUCCGACAUCUGUCACCAACCAGAUCUGGCUUAUCUCCACGGGUUCCUCAUCUCGCCGGCCUCGUUCAAGGUCACCCAGGACCUCAUCCCGCUGUUUAGCCAGAGUUCGAUCUCCGGUUUUAACGACAUCAUGUUCCCGAGCCCAUGGAACUACGUUGACAAGAUCAAAUACGAGCCCUCCGAUGACCACAUGGACCUAAACUACACCGACAAAUCUAACGAUCUAUUCUGGAUUGGCAGCACUUCGGAAGGCGUGAGUCGCAACGGCGAGUGGAAAGGCAUGCCGCGGCAGCGCCUGACUCACCUCGUCAACAACAACAUCUACAACAAGGUCUCCGUUCUCCUGCCAGCAAACGACUCCCAAACCUUCUCCUACCAAGUCCUUGACGGCCGCGCUCCCACCGAAACCCUCGGACUCAAUACCACAGUCCACCUCACCAACGUCGUCCGAUGCCGCGCAGACUGCGAAGAACAAAAGCAAGAACUGGGCACAUCCCCAUCCGUUGACUUCCAAAGCCACUGGGAACAUCGGUAUCUUUUCGACGCCGACGGCGCCGGCUUCAGCGGCCGCUUCCUUCCCUUCCUGCAGAGCCACAGUCUGCCUUUCAAAACCGGUCUCUUCCGUCAGUGGUUCGACUCGCGCCUCUCCCCUUGGCUACACUUCGUCCCCGUCGACCUCCGCCUGCACGGUCUCUGGAGCACCCUGGCCUACUUCGCCGGCGUAGAUGUCACUACCCACGGGGCCGGCCCCAAGUUCCCCAUGGAACGACACGACGUCGAGGGCCAGUGGAUUGCCGAAGAGGGACGCAAGUGGGCCGAGAAGGCGUUGCGGAAAGAAGACAUGGAGAUCUACUUCUUCCGGUUACUUCUUGAAUGGGGUCGUAUUACCGAUGACCAGAGAGAUGUUCUGGGAUAUAUACCGUAGGAUUUCUGUUCUAUUAUCCCUCUCCUCCGGCAAAAUUCUUUUUCUUUUCCUUCCUUCUAUCUUUAUACUAUGCUCGUGGACGGCGCACAUAUGACGGGAUAGAUUGGUCCUUGUGAUUGAUUGGUGCCGUUGUAUUUGUCUUUAUCACCGGCGCGAGGGAUGUCUGUCUUCGUGUCUUUGUCUGUGUGUGCAUUUGUUUAUUGCUGUCAUGAUGAGAUAAUGUGUACUUAUGUAUAUAGAACGUCUUGCAAUAACGAUAACUCUUUCUAGUUCACUGCUCUACGUUACAAAUUUAAUUUGGUGCAGGA